AUGUAUGGUGCAGUAGCAGCAGCAGCAGCAGCAGCAGCAGCAACGUGUAGGAGACCGUAUAGAGAGUGCAAGAGAGCGAGGAAAGAAACAACAACAUUGUCUUCACCUCGAAAACAAAAGCGCUUUGAUUUCGACGGUGCAGCUACGUGGUUCCUUUUGUGUGCUUCAAACCCUUCUCCUCGGGCAGGAUCUUCUGCAGAUCACACAUCAACAAACAACUUCCUGAUUCCGUUAGCUGUGUCCUGCAGCUCACAGGCAGGGGUAGUGGAGAACGGUGACGACGGCGACACUUUUCCCAGCGUGAACCAUUUUCUCCGCUCCGGUGACUUGACGAAAGGUCAUGUGUUGAGAGACACCCUGCUUCUCUGUAAAGCAAGCAAGAAGCUGAUCGUCUGGCAGUGGUUGUAAAACCACACCAACGACGACGACGACGACGACGACGAC